UCUUUCCUUCUGCUUUCCUAAUUAUAAUUACUUUUUAUUUUUGUUUCUCUUAUUUUUCAUUUCAUCAAAUUAAAGAAGCUCUGAUGGAUCUCUUGUCUGAAGAACAGAUCUCUGAGUUCCAAGAGGCCUUCUGCCUCUUUGACAAGGAUGGAGAUGGGUGCAUCACACUUGAUGAAUUGGCCACUGUGAUUAAAUCACUUGGGAAAAAUCCAACGGAAGAAGAGCUCCAUGAUAUGAUAAGUGAGGUGGACUCUGAUGGCAAUGGCACCAUUGAAUUCUCUGAGUUCUUGCAUCUCAUGGCUAGAAAAAUGAAGGAGACUGAUGCAGAGGAAGAGCUGAAAGAGGCAUUCAAAGUGUUUGACAAAGACCAAAAUGGGUACAUCUCAGCUAGUGAGUUAAGGAAUGUGAUGAUAAAUCUGGGGGAGAAAUUAACUGAUGAAGAGGUUGAACAGAUGAUAAGGGAAGCUGAUUUGGAUGGUGAUGGUCAAGUGAAUUAUGAAGAAUUUGUCAGGAUGAUGAUGGCUGCCUAGUCUAAUUAAACUUUUUUUUAAUUAUUAUUUAAGAAAAAAAAAAAAAGUCAAAAUUAUGAAAAUUUUAUUAGUUUAUUUUACUAAGCUGCAUGCUUCUAGGAAAUUCCCAUUUAAUAGAAAUUUGUAUCUCAAUCAAAGUAGGACCCUAAUUAUCAGACUUCUUUGCCUUC